AGUUUCUCAAGUACCAGAGAAGACUUGUCCUCCCAGGAACCCAUCUAUGGAUACUUUGGUGUCGUCAGAGCCAGACAGACGUACAGGUGGACCGGUUCCGUGACUUCAUGAGAGGGGAAUCCGUUUCGGGACACUUUCUAGCCGCCGUCUUGCCCGAGCGGAGAUGUCUGAGGAAAACCUGGGGGAAGAGUCGAGCAGCUCCCCUGUCUCUCCUGCGGACAGCCUGAGCAACAGCGAGGGGGAGUUGGACAGACAGCCGAAGAGGUGUGGGAGAAAGAAGAGACCGAGCAGGAGAAACGGGGAGGACUCAGAUAGCCCGACCCCUGGGAAAAGAGGGAAGAAGUCCAGCAGCAGCAGCCCCCAGUCGUUCGAGGAUCUCCAGUCGCAGCGGGUCAUGGCCAACGUGCGCGAGCGCCAGCGGACGCAGUCCCUCAACGAGGCGUUCACGUCUCUGCGGAAGAUUAUUCCCACUUUGCCCUCGGACAAACUCAGCAAGAUACAGACUCUUAAGCUCGCGGCCAGAUACAUCGACUUCCUGUACCAGGUGCUGCAGAGCGACGAGCUGGACUCCAAGAUGUCCAGCUGCAGCUAUGUGGCGCACGAGAGGCUGAGCUACGCCUUCUCCGUGUGGAGGAUGGAGGGCGCUUGGUCCAUGUCAACGUCUCACUAACAUCUGGAGAAAUGGUGCCGUAAAUGGUGACUGCUGAUUCUACUUCUCACAUUCUGACGGGACAAUCUGGAGUCCAAUGCUGGAUACAUCGGAUCCCUGUAUUUAAUGAACCAAAAGCGGCAGAAGUCUUGGGGGACCUUUUUUUUUGCAGAGGCCCAAAAUGGGACUUGCGUUAUUACACUCCCAUUCUGAUGCGUUUUUAUGUUGUUGACGACGAACGAUGAACAUAUCAUGUGGUUAUUCUGAAGGAAAGGGGCAUUUUAAAAUGCAUGUUUUAGGAGGUAUUUCCGUGGAGGUCAAAGUGCAUCAUCAAAGCAGUCGUUGUACCUUUUCACAUUUGUAGACUGUGUGGAUCUAACCUGUGAGAUAAAAACAUUUUCGGAAUACAUUAAUUUAUUUAUUGGUGAAACGUGAUACAUUGAGGAAUAGAUCUUGUGUCUGAAAUACAAAAUGCAUUCCUAUUUUUUACUAUUGUGUUUUUGUAAAUGUUUGUAUAUGUUUUGCAUUAAAGAAAACGACGAUUUAA